AGUUUUAUACUUGACUAGUGCUUCUACAGAAGCACGUUGUCGCAAAACACAGUUUACAUAUGUUGCCGAGGGUAGGGCACUAGCCAAUCACAGCAUUCGUACUAUCCGACCUAUCACGGACACCGAUACGUGCAUGUCGAAGUGUUUCCUGGAGUCACGUUGUUUCACUAUCAACAUUUGUAAAAACUCAGAUAAUUCGUUAUCCUGCGACUUGCUGGACUCAGACCAUGUUAAAAAUAAGGAGGAAAUUGUAAUGAGGCAAGACUGCACGUAUUAUGGCUCAGAGAGUUCAUGUUCAAGUUCGCCAUGUGUAAAGAAUGCAACUUGCGAGGGGGACUUUAAAGACGAUCCCUUCCCGUAUAGAUGUGUAUGUCCCGCGGGAUUUACUGGUCAAGCUUGCCAAAUUGACAUAGACGAGUGCAUGUCACAAGGAGCUUGUCACGUGGAUGCASAGUGUACUAACACUAUAGGCGGAUUUAAUUGUUCGUGCAAAGGAGGCUUUGUUGGUAACGGAAAAAUCUGUCAUGCUCUUCGAUCAUGCAAAGACAUCAAUGACCUUGGCCUGUCAAGUGGAGACGGAGAAUAUUUUAUCUAUCCUGGUGGUCAGCCGUUAAAUGUUUACUGUGAUAUGACAACUGACUCAGGGGGCUGGACACUAAUCAAACAAGCAAAGUUAAACUCAACAAACCCACAUCAAUACGGACGCUUUAUCUCUAACGAAUAUCAAGCAAUUUCAAACUCAAGAGACAUCAGACAAAUGAUUGAAACUACAGCCCUACAACAGUUAAGAUUGCCGAUGGGUUUCCAUCAAAUACGCUUUCGAUGCAACAAGUACAGCACCGGACGAACCUUCCAUAUCAUGACUAAUAACGACACCGCUGGCCACAAAGUAUUGGAUCAUUUCCUUAUUACAGCAACGUGGCCGACUGCUUGUGGCUCUUUCGUGAGACUUCCCGACGACACUUCGAUUCUCUCUCGCAACUGCGAUAAAUGGGGUAGCAACAAUAUUGGAGUUAAUCGUUGGGGAAGGGAAGGAUAUCACGGUGCUUUCAGGAUUUACAAUUCACCUAUAUUUUGGGAAAACAAGCAUGAAGUCAGAUUUGAUUCUCUGCACCCUUACCACUGUGAUGAUAUCAUUGAUACUGUGAGUGUUGGGGAUAUCUGGGAACUUUACUUCCGUUAGAAUCAAUUGUCUAGUACAGUGAGAUAACUUGUUGUUUGUGUUUGUUAAUUAACUUUCAGGGAACAGAGAUGUUUUAGCUUCGUUUAUGAUCAAUAGUCUCCUUCACGGUUACGUGCGCCAUCUUG